GCACCACCUCUGGAUCCGAACGUUACUGAUCAGCGAGCGAUUAUGAAACUCAAUAUUAAUGUUGGAAAUCAAAGUCUCGUCGAUCAGUUUGAAUGGGAUAUGUCUGACCCGGCAAAUAGUCCGGAAGAAUUUGCGCGAAGCCUCUGCGCUGAACUUGGACUCGGUGGAGAGUUUACUUCUGCAAUUGCGUACUCUAUUCGUGGACAGUUGCAAUGGAAUCAAAGAACAUACGCGUUUUCUGAAAGCCCACAACCAACUGUGGAAUGUACAUUUAGGUAUGUUUCNUGUGCACCUCCUUUGGAUCCAAACGUUACUGACCAGCGAGCGAUUAUGAAACUCAAUAUCAAUGUUGGAAAUCAAAGUCUCGUCGAUCAGUUUGAAUGGGAUAUGUCUGACCCGGCAAAUAGUCCGGAAGAAUUUGCGCGAAGCCUCUGCGCUGAACUUGGACUCGGUGGAGAGUUUACUUCUGCAAUUGCGUACUCUAUUCGUGGACAGUUGCAAUGGAAUCAAAGAACAUACGCGUUUUCUGAAAGCCCACAACCAACUGUGGAAUGUACAUUUAGGAAUCCUUCUGAAUCUGAGGCUUGGGGUCCAUUCUUGGAGACGCUCACAGAUGCUGAAAUUGAAAAGAAGAUGCGUGAUCAGGACCGAAACACGCGACGAAUGAGACGUCUUGUUGGAGGAGGCUUUAACUUUUGA